AUGCACGACACUGUCAAGAUAUUACAAGAAGAAGGGAAUGCUCAUUAUGCCUGCGGUCGUUAUGACGCUGCUCGUGCAAGCUACACGACAGCAAUCGAUAUUUUAAAUGCAGUAUAUACGACCAAAGUCAAUGAUCUUCCUAUCCGUGACAGUAUUGUCCCAUGGGAGGCUCUAACAUUGUCACAAUUGCUUUCAAACCGAGCACAGACAGCCAUCCAAGAACGCAAUUUUAAAGCAGCUUUAAAUGAUGCAACACAAGCAUUACAAUACAAUACAAAGAAUGAAAAAGCGCUACGACGCAAACUUGUGGCACUAGAGAACUUGGAAAAGUUUGAAGUAGCGUUAGCAUUGAUUGACAAGAUACUGAAUAAUCAACGACAGUAUCGAGAAGAAGAAGGAGAUAAAGAUGAGUCAUAUCACAGUAUUGUGCCAUAUUGGGUGGCUGCACGACGUCGUGUGCGCAAUAAUUUGUCAAAGGAUCGUGAAGUGGCGGCUAGUGAAGUAAAACAGAUGGGGAACAUGGUGCAUGAUAACCAACAGCUACGAAUUAAUUUUGGAUGUUUAUUGCCAUCACAAGUACCAUUGAAGACGUCUUUUAACGUGAAUGUCAAUAUUGGGAACGAGUUUGGACUUUUUCGACGGGAUUAUGUUGAAAAAGGCAAACACAUUUAUCUGCACUGCUCGUUGCGUAACAACAGUAACGGUAGAUACAAGUUGGUAUUUCAAGAACCACUGGAUCUAUCAGGUGUUGAUGAUCAAGGCAGUGUGGAUGCAACCGGUAGAAUAAUGCUGAAUAACCGGGGCAAGGCCAGCUUUCAAGUUGCUAUUGUAACUACCGAUAUAGUGAAAGGCGACGUAUUGUCGAAUCAACUGGCGCUUGAGAUCCGCGCGCACGUGACAUCGAUAGCAAAGUGGAACCUCUUUCCUGUCGUGUCUUUGCCGUUCACUGUGGUAAAUGCCUGUGGUGAUUUAAAGGAAGGGGAUUCGGGUGGUCUUGGAGUGCACUGCUGUCGACCUGUGUCAAUGGCAGGACUGCAACAUGAUAUUCUUCUUGCAGAGUCACCAGGAAAUCUUGGCAUUGGAGGCAAGCUUUGGGACUCAUGCCUUGUGUUGACGCGCUACCUGGCUGCGCGGCGGGAACUACUGGUCGGGAAGGAAGUAGUGGAGCUUGGCAGCGGUUUGGGCCUCGUUGGUAUAUUUUGUUCCAAGCUUGGCGCUCGGGUCACCCUCACAGACGUUGAGGAGGUUGUUCCUUUACUGGACUACAACAUACGUUUAAACUAUACGGAAAGAGGUGAAGCAAACACUUCUACACAAAGCUUUGCUAAAGACGAUGCUGUCGUACAGGUGUUUCCUGUUGCAAGAGCACACCUUUGGGGAAAACCUCCGCGCGAUUUGCCAACGCAACCGGACAUGCUCGUGCUCUCCGAUGUCGUGUAUGAUCCUGAAGGAUACGCGCCCCUUGUGGCGUCGAUGAGCGCACUAGCAAUUUCUCCUGACACCCUUGUGCUGAUGGCUCACCGCUCGCGCAAUCCCAUAGAGCACCAGUUUUUUGAGCUUCUGUCGCAGAGCUUCACGUGCAAGGAGAUUGAUUGGCUUUCCACCGAGAAGUCCACUUCUGAAGCGGCUCCAGCUGGCGGCUUGUCAAGUGGAGAAAAUGCGCUUCAGGAUGUGAAAAUUUUUGAAAUUCGACGGCUGGUAGGCUGUGAUCGUGCUUGA